UCCUCUCUCUCUCUCUCUCUCUCUCUCUCUCUCUCUCUCUCUGCUUCUUGGUUGUUCAGAUUGCCUUCUUCAGGAGGGACAAAUACUUGUUUGGCAGUGAAAUGGAGGAGGAGAGAGCUUACAAGGCCCAUGUUGUGGUUUUUCCACUAGAUGGACAGGGUCACAUAAACCCAAUGCUCCAAUUUUCCAAACGUUUGGCUUCAAAAGGGCUCAAAAUCACAGUAGCUGCUACCACCUCCAACAUCAAGACCAUUGAAGCUAGAGCUGGGUCAAUGGUACUUGAGCCAAUUUAUGACGAUUGCAGUGAAGGCGGCUGGCAUGGACCUGGAGGACAUAAGGGCUAUCUUGAGAGGUUUGAAGCCAGUGGUGCGCGGCGCUUAACUGAACUCGUCAAGAGACUAGUAAACACCGCGCACCCUGUCAAGUGCCUUGUAUAUGAUGCAAAUUUACCAUGGGCUCUCACAAUAGCCAAGCAACUGGGCUUAGUUGGAAUUGCAUUUUUCACUCAGUCAUGUGCUGCAAUUGCCAACUACUACCCCAUGCAUUACGAGGUAUUAGCUAAGCCAUUGCCAGUGGCUGCAUAUCCAAUGCCUGGGCUGCCAAAGCUUGGCGUUCCAUGCAUUCCUUCACUGGGUCCAGAAACAGGACACUAUCCCCCUUUAAUCGUACACAUUUUGAAACAAUUUGAUGGAAUUGAGAAUGCAGAUUGUAUCGCUUUCAACUCAUAUGAUAAGUUGGAAGAGGAGGUGGUGAAAUGGAUGGCCAAUCUCUGGCCUGUUAUGACAGUUGGACCGACCAUACCAUCCGUCUACCUUGACAAGAGGGUGAAGGAUGAUAAAAGUUACGGUUUCAAUCUCUAUAAGCCAAACAACGAUGCGUGCAUGAAGUGGCUAAACACGAAGGAAACUGGAUCCGUGGUGUAUGUUUCAUUUGGGAGCGCUGCAAGAUUGAACGCAGAACAGAUGUCUGAAAUGGCAUGGGCUUUGAAGCAUACUAACUACAACUUCUUAUGGGUAGUGAAGGCAGCUGAAGAUAUCCUGCUUCCCAGCAAUUUUGUGGAGGAGACUGCAGGAAAAGGACUAGUUGCGACCUGGUGCUCCCAAUUGGAGGUGCUGGCCCAUCACGCAAUUGGGUGCUUCAUAUCGCAUUGUGGGUGGAAUUCCUCAGUAGAGGCAUUGAGCUUUGGAGUGCCAGUGAUUGGAAUGCCUCGGUUUCUAGACCAAAUGGUUAAUGCACAUUUUCUAGAGCAAGCGUGGGGCGUGGGAGUUAACCCCAGGGCAAAUGAGGAAGGUUUUGUUACCGGAGAAGAAAUCGAUAGGUGCAUCCGAGAAGUUAUGGAUGGAGAGAGAGGACAAGCCAUUAAGAGCAACGCAAUUCAGUGGAAGCAGUUGGCUAGGGAGGCGGUAGAUGAAGGUGGAAGCUCCGAUAAACACACUGAUGAAAUUGUUGCUCGAAUUGUUUCCUAGCCCUUCUAAUAUUUAUUGUCAAGUUAAGACUUGCUUCUUUCUCUUGCUCAUUUCCUUAGCAGUUGUGUCAUGGAAUGUUUCCGUCUAAUCAUUCAGGUGUAAUUUUUGGGAGCCAAAGGUUUGGAAAUGGUGGGUCGAUUGGUUCUGCUCAAAUGUUGCUCUCUAUAUUGUUGUAAAACACCUCAUAUUGCUAAGGAACUCUAAUAUAUUUUUAUGAUUGACUGUAGUUAA